AAUACAAACAAUAAAUACCUUUUAUUCACUGUUUAUUACUAUUAUAAAAAAAUAAGUAAUAGUAUGUAUUUUAUACCAUCACUUAAUUAUUUCUUAUAAUAAGUACCGGAGUUUGAUCACGAGAGCAAUGGAUACAACCAUGAAGGUGAUGCUGUCAUUUAUCCUCAUGCUCUUAUGGAGCUGUGUAGAAUGCAAGAACCAUCCUCACCCACAAGACCCUCUAACCCCGUCUGAGUUCAACGAUGUACGAACCAUUGUCCAAAACGCAUACCCAACCUCCCAUAAUCUCACCUUCCACUACGUAGCCUUGGACGAACCCAACAAGCCCGAACUCCUCUCAUGGCUAUCCUCAAACCCUAAAACCAAACCUACACCAUCUUCUCCGCCACCACCUCGCCGGGCCUUCGCCAUAGUCCGGUCCCAAAAACAGUCCCACGAGAUCACAGUGGACCUUUCCACUCGUUCCAUCGUAUCAACCAAAGUCUACGAAGGAAAUGGAUACCCUAUGCUGACCUUGGGCGAAAUAGCAGUGGCGACACGGUUGCCAUUCAGCUACGAACCGUUUAAGGAGUCCGUGACGAAGAGGGGUCUCAAUAUCUCUCUGGUGCGGUGUAAUGCCUACAGUUUUGGUUGGUUUGGAGAAGCCAAGACCGUACGGAGCGUCAAGAUUAAGUGCCAUUACAGAAAUGGGACUACUAAUUUCUAUGCCAGGCCUUUGGAAGGGGUGGCAGUGUUGGUUGACUUUGAUAAUAUGAAAAUUGUUGGUUACAAUGAUAGAUAUGUGGUUCCUGUGCCAAAGGCAGAGGGCACUGAGUAUAGAGCAUCUAAGCUAGAACCACCCUUUGGUCCAAAGCUUAAGGGAAUAGCUUUCAAGCAAGACGGUGGACCUGGAUUCACCAUCGAUGGUCAUUCCGUAAGUUGGGCCAAUUGGGUAUUUCAUGUAGGAUUUGACAUUCGGGCUGGCCUAGUAAUUUCUCAGGCAUCAAUUUAUGAUCUCCAAAAGCAGAAAUAUCGUCCGGUACUAUACAAAGGAUUCGUAUCAGAGUUGUUUGUGCCAUACCAAGACCCAAGUGAGGAAUGGUAUUACGCAACAUUCUUUGACUCUGGUGAAUAUGGUUUGGGACAGUAUAUGUCUUCAUUGCAACCUUUGACCGAUUGUCCUCCCAAUGCUGAAUUCAUAGAUGCAUACUAUGCUAGUUCAGAUGGUACCCCUGUAAAGAUAUCUAAUGCCUUCUGUAUAUUUGAAAAGUAUGCUGGUGAUAUCAUGUGGCGUCAUACAGAAGUUGGAAUCCCAGAUGAAGUGAUUACUGAGGUUAGAUCUGAUGUAAGCCUAGUGGUGAGAAUGGUUUCAACUGUGGCCAACUACGACUAUGUCAUAGAUUGGGAAUUUAAGCCAAGUGGCAGCAUCAAAUCUGUGGUUGGACUUACUGGGAUAUUAGGGCUUAAGGCAGGGACUUACACCAACACAGACCAAAUAAAAGAGGAUAUUUACGGCACACUAAUAGCAGAUAAUACCAUUGGUAUCUACCAUGACCACUUCUUCACCUAUUAUCUUGACCUUGACAUUGAUGGUGAAGCCAACUCCUUUGUGAAGUCCAAUUUGGAGACAGUGAGAGUGAAAGAUGACACCACACCCAGGAAAAGUUAUUGGACGGUUGUAAGUGAAACGGCUAAAACUGAAGCUGAUGCAAAAAUCAACCUAGGGUCCAAGCCUUCACAGCUACUAGUGGUAAAUCCUAAUAAAAAGUCAAAACAAGGAAAUAAAAUUGGGUAUCGUUUGCUUCCAGGCCCAGCAGCGCGCCCACUUUUGCUUAAUGAUGAUUAUCCACAAAUCAGAGCUGCUUUCACCAAUUACGAUGUAUGGGUCACACCUUAUAACAAAUCCGAGAAAUGGGUGGGGGGCUUAUAUGUUGAUCGUAGCAGAGGCGAUGAUACUUUGGCGGUUUGGAGUCGCAGGAAUAGGAAGAUUGAGAACAAGGACAUAGUAUUGUGGUACACAAUGGGAUUUCAUCAUGUCCCUUGCCAGGAAGAUUUUCCAGUUAUGCCAACAUUGAGUGGCGGGUUUGAGCUGAGGCCAACCAAUUUCUUCGAGAGCAACCCUGUCCUUAAAACACUAUCACCCAAGCUUGUUGGCUGGCCUAACUGCACUUCUCAACAUUAGCUGCUAUUUAUUAUACCGAAACAACUAAAUAAAAUUUGAAGGAUUCAUGUAUUCUCAUAUAUGCAUGCUAUUUCUUCGUCAUGUACCCAAAAAUAAUUGUUCAUUUUCAACAAUCCAGCUAAUAAAGAAAAAACAAAUACUAAUUAUUGAGGAU